AUGUAUGGCGCGGAAACUUACAUUACGAUAUAUGGGAGUGUCACCAGAAAUAUGGUUUGCAUUGCUCCUGGAUCCCUGCCGAGCCCGCACAAGCCUGACAAUGUUGAGAUAUAUGGCCAUAACAAAAACAUGCAGAAAAGCGUUCCGUAUCUUGCGAUAGUACACAACACUCCGAGCACCUUUACUCUGCGUAGCAAGAAAGAACACGCCUGGAAAAAGCGCAUUCUGAGCCAGAAGUUCUCGAAAUCAGCCAUUCGUUUAUAUGAACCAGAGGUUAUAAAGCUCGUUGAUCGAUUCUGCGACGCUUUGUGUCCUAAGUCCAGCGAGAAAAGUGCGAUUAAUCAAUUCAGCUGCAGCGCUCUGUGUCCUAAGCCUUCCGAGAAGAGUGAGUCAACGACGCCGGAAACCCAAUUUCCCUGUUCGGAACCGUUCGACAUGUCUACAUGGUGCGAUAAUUUGUUCUUCGACCUCAUGACAACUACCGUCUUCAGCGAAAGUUUCGACCUACUUCGCAGUCAGUGGUACCGUCAUAUCCCGGAAGCCCUCUCUAGGUCGAACAAGCGCAUCAGUGUAAUAGUGCAGUGGCCAAUCAUUGUAUGGCGCCGUCUUGACAAGAUCCUAUUCAAAGACUCGGUGCAUGGGAGAAAGGAGUUUUUGCGAUUUGUGCACAACUUGGUGACGGAUCGAAUGACUCGUUGGCCCAGGAAAGAUGUCUUCUCCGGCUUGCUGGAUGCCUCAGACCCUACCACAGGCAACAAAUUAAGUCGAGACGAAAUCGUAGCUGAAAGCAUCCUGAUGAUUAUUGCUGGUAUUCCAUUUUACACUCUAGCAUACCUCUCUUCUAAGCUGAUAGAUGCGUAG